UGUAAGAUAUUUUCCAGUGCAAACAAAAUAACGCAUCUAUAUCUAUCUAGCCAUGGUUGUCGAGUGGUAUAGAUCGAACUAAGUGAUCCAUGUGGUUGCCGCUGCGUGAUCCUAAAGGAAGUUCUUAUCCUGCCAAGGCUACGUUCUGACACCCUACUGCAGUUGCAUGGUCAUGGCUGCUCCGGCUGCUCCGUCCACUUUGUAUCCAACUCCUCGGUGCAAUUCCAGUGGAAAUAUCGUUCCAUUUCCGGCGAAUCCAUUCAAGAGGUCAGCCACGCUGCUCGAUCGCCCAUUCCGACAAGCUCUGAGACUCGCGGCCACCGUGCCGCAGGCGGUCAGCGGCACCGACCAGCAGACGAACGUCCUCAGCGCAAACGAGGAAGGAGACACAAUCCGGAGGCUACAGAAUGGGUCUGACGUGCGCGGGGUUGCUCUAGAGGGAGAGAAGGGCCGCAGCGUCGACCUUACGCCCCAGGCGGUGGAGGCGAUCGCCGAGAGCUUCGGAGAGUGGGUCAUGGAGAGCCUGACGAGGGAAAGUGAGCAGGAGAUGGCGAAGGUGCGGGUGUCCUUCGGGCGAGACCCACGUCUAUCCGGGCCGGCGCUGAGCACGGCGGUGUUGGCCGGGCUGUCGAGAGCCGGCUGCCUCGUCUUCGACAUGGGUCUCGCCACCACCCCAGCAUGCUUCAUGAGCACCGUCCUGCCGCAGUUCGCCUACGACGCGUCGAUCAUGAUGACGGCGUCGCACCUACCGUACACCCGCAACGGGCUCAAGUUCUUCACCAGGAGAGGGGGGUUAAACGCUAGCGAAGUGGAGGACAUAUGCGACCGAGCUGCCCGGAAACAUACGACGAGAAGGAUGGGGCUUGGGUACAGUGGCAGCGUGCCAUCGCUGACGAGGAACAACGUGGACUUCAUGAGUGCGUACGCCGAGCACCUUCGCACCAUUAUCAAAGAGAGAAUAAACCAUCCCCACCAUUACGACACUCCCCUCGAAGGAUUCAAGGUGGUAGUGAACGCUGGAAAUGGUUCCGGGGGUUUCUUCACCUGGAACGUGUUGGACAAGCUGGGAGCCGAUACCUUCGGUAGCCUCCACUUGGAGCCCGACGGGAUGUUCCCCAACCACAUCCCCAACCCGGAGGACCGCACCGCCAUGUCGCUCACCAGAGCGGCCGUCCUCGAGCAACAGGCCGACCUCGGCAUCGUCUUCGACACCGACGUCGACCGGAGCGGCGUCGUCGACAGCACCGGCGCCGCCAUCAACGGCGAUCGGCUGAUCGCGCUGAUGGCUGCCAUCGUGCUGAGGGAGCAUCCGGGGACGACGGUCGUGACCGACGCGAGGACCAGCGUGGCCCUCACGGAGUUCAUCGCCGCCCGUGGCGGACACCACUGCCUGUACCGCGUGGGGUAUCGGAACGUGAUCGACAAGGGCAUUCAGCUCAACCGGGACGGCGUAGAGACGCAUCUGAUGAUGGAGACCACAGGGCACGGCGCACUCAAAGAGAACCAUUUUCUUGAUGAUGGUGCAUACAUGGUCGUAAAGAUCAUCAUCGAGAUGGUACGCAUGAAACUGAUGGGCUCCAGCGAGGGGAUCGGAAGUCUCAUUAAGGAACUCAAGGAUCCACUGGAGUCGGUGGAACUGAGGAUGAACAUCCUGACCCAGCCGAAACACGCCAAACAGAAGGGCGCUGAGGUUGUGGAGACACUAAAACAAAACAUCGAGGAAGGGCGACUCCGAGGAUGGCAUCUCGACGCUUGCGGCGACUGCUGGGUGAGUGAUGGUUGCCUUGUUGACUCAAAUGACACACCAGUUGACAUCGAUGCUCAUAUGUACAGAGCCAGAGUCUCGGAUGAAGUCCACGGGCAACAUGGUUGGAUCCAAAUCCGCCAGAGUGUUCAUAACCCAAACAUUGCAAUUAAUAUGCAAUCCUCUAUGGUGGGUGGCUGCCAAGCAAUCACAACCACCCUUAGAGAUGAGUUUUUACUAGCAAGUGGUUUGGAAGAGUUUGUCGACAUAAGCCAAGUCGACGCAUACGCCAGAAGUGGAUCUUUGGGCUGAUUUGAUGCAGAGAUGCUGAUGAGAAAGCUCCAUGUACAACAUACUUGUAUUAGAUUGACGUUCAUACUAUUUAAAAUUCUUGUAAUGAUAGUAAGAAAUUUAAGAUUAUUUUAAGUAGUAAUAAUAAUUAUCUGUGGUUGAAUCCCACGAAUAUUAAAUA